AUGGACAGAAUAAGACCCAGGCAACUGGUGUUUCUCCUGUUGCUACUGAUAUCCCCACUGCCUCUGCUGCUAUCCCUGCUAUCCCCACUGCCAUCCCAGCUGCUAUCCCCAUUGCUAUCCCAGCUGCUAUCCCUGCUGCUGCAGCAAAUGCCACUACUCUACAGCACCCCUGUUAGUGUCAACUUCCUGUCAGCUCCUGCUGGUCCAGAUGAGGGUGAAGUUUUUGACCUCAACAAUGUCUCAGGGGAUGAAGAGGAACCAGAAAAUCUUGCUGCACCCACUGCUAUGGUGCCUGUGGGCUCUAAUCUGAGCCCACUCCAGACCAUCACCAGCACUGUUUGCACCGACCCUUUAGCCACUGGCAACCUCAAGCAGCCUAAAGGGCCUACUGAUAUCAAUCACUUCUACUGGAUUGACCCUGAUAUGAAGAGCAAAACUUGCAUCCCUUGCAAGUCAUGGUAUAUGCAGGCUCAACAUCCAGCUCAGCUCCCUGUACACAUGCUUUCACUCACCACACUGAACUUUAUCUGGAAGCAGCCAAGCAUUUUUGCUGGUGCAUACAGAUAA